AUGAAACUUUUCAAAUUUUUUAUCUUCGCCGCUGCCACUGUCACCGCCCAAGAGAAUACCGUCGACGCCACGCUUUACGAUGACUCCUACUCCUACUCUUACGAUUACAUCUACUACGAUGACGACGGAAACGUAAUCACUGCCGAGGAAUUCGAAGCGCUGAACUCAGAUGUCGACGAAUCCGGAAUCGCUCGAGCAAGAGGAGGCAAAGGAGGCAAAGGAGGAAGAGGCAAGAAAGUCAAGGGAGAAAAGAAAAACAAGAGGAAGAAGAAGAAGAAGACUCCUGCAUAUACCACCACAACCUCCACUACUUCAACAACCACGACGUCAACUACAACUACAACUACAACCACAACUACUACCGAGGAGCCUACAACCACUUCUGUCAUCACCACAACAACUUCCACUGAGGCUCCUACAACUCCUCGUCCCGCUUACGUCGACGUAAAAAUCCCCGAUGCGAUCCCAGAAGGAGAACCACAGGUUCCUCAGACAUCGAACCAGGUUCCUCAGGUGUCGAACCAGGUUCCUCAGACAUCUAACCAAGUUGCCCAAGUCUCCAACCAAGUCCCCCAGACAUCUAACCAAAUGGCCCAAGUAUCGAAUCAGAUGCCACAAGUGUCCAACCAGGUUGCCCAGACUUCCAACCAAAUGGCUCAAGUUUCGAACCAGGUUCCUCAGGUUUCCAAUCAAGAACCACAGGUCUCAAACCAGGUCCCUCAAGUCUCGAACCAGACUUGGUAA